CAGGGGACUUCCACCAUGCAGGUGUUUGCUGGCCCAGCUAAACCGCUCCUGUCACUGAGCCCGAAGGAUGAUACCAGAUUUCAGAAGGAGGUGGUGCAGGUUCGCCGGCGGGCGGUCCCGCAACAGAAGAAAGAAAAACCUGCUUCCGGAGUGAUCUAUGUGGGACACUUACCUUCAACAAUUUAUGAAUCCCAGAUCAAGCCCUAUUUCUCCCAGUUUGGCGCUGUUAAAAGAUUCAGGCUAUCCAGAAGUAAAAGGACUGGAAAUAGCAAAGGCUAUGCCUUUGUGGAGUUUGAAUCUGAAGACGUUACCAAAAUUGUGGCGGAAACAAUGAACAACUACCUUUUUGGUGAAAGGCUUUUAAAAUGUCAUUUUGUACCGCAUGAAAAAGUACACGAAGAGCUUUUUAGAAAUUGCUGUGUCCAGUUCAGAAAACCAUCAUUCCCUGCAGUGAAACGGUACAACCAUGACCGGUCACUUCUUCAAAAGCUACAGAUGGCGUGGAGAUUUCAAAAGAAAGAAAACCUACUCAGGAAGAAACUGGCUAAGAAAGGAAUUGAUUAUGAGUUUUCUCCAUUGAUUUUACAUUAGAAGGGAAAAAAAAGUGCUUCAUCUGCUGAUUCAGACAUGUCUACAAAGAGUCAGGUUUUACCAAAGAAAAAGAUCUCAGUUAGUUCUGACACUCCUAAGAAGACUGUGGAUAGCCAGUCUUCCACACCAGUAUGCACACCAACAUUUUUGGAAAAACGAAAAUCUGAAGUGGCUGAAAUGAAUGACGAUGAUGACGAUAACGAAAUAGUUUUCAAACAGCCUAUACUUGGUGUCAAAGAAGAAACACAAGAUACUCUGGCACCUACACACGCAAGGAAAAGAAGGCGAAAAAGCAAUCAGUGAUUCUGAAUUGUACAUGCAUAUAUAAGUUUGUAUGUGUUCUGAGAAAUUGUAUUUUGUUAUGAAGAAUGGUUGUAUUUAACCAGAUACUAUGAAAUGCAAUCAUUGACCAGGAA